UCCAAUCAUUAAGGUUGGAUCAACAACCAACGAUCCGUUCAGAUUCGCUUCUCCUGUUCCAUUUGGUCUUUCAUUCGAAAAUGCACACCAUCUGUUCCGUCUGUCUACCCGAUCAGUAAUUGGGUAUUUUCGCCGUCGGUGAACUUGUAAGGAGGAACCUCCAGGUUGAGUGGUGCCGGUCCCUUGCGGAUUCGUCCCGAAAUAUCAUAGUGCGAACCAUGGCACGGGCAAAACCAGCCGUUGAAUUCUCCGGCGUUGGAAACGGGGACGCAUCCCAAGUGCGGACAAAUCGCCAAGACGACAACCCAUUCGUCGGUCAAUACUCGAUCUUCGUCGGUUUCGGGAUCACGCAAACUACCCAUUGGUACGGCUCGAACCUCUGCGACUUCCUCCGCUGUUCGUUUUCGAAUGAAAAUGGGUUUGCCACGCCACUUUACGGUCAGGGUUUCGCCGUAUUCAACCGCACUAAGGUCGAAAUCGGCCGUGGCCAGGGCGGCAGCCGAGGCGGAAAUGGAGAGGGAGGCCACCAAUUUGACCACUAGCAACCGGGCAGCUGAAGCAUAGGCAAAGCGCACAGUAGUGAGCAUGAGAUAAGCGAAUGCACGGCGCUCUGGUUCUGCAACCUUGUCGAUGCGAUCAUCAUAAAACCCAUUGUCGACACUCCCGUAAUCGUCCAUCGUUUCGACACCCGAGGGCACAGGAACAGAAGGCCCGCUGCCACUGCUCGCUUUCCAUGACGAAGACGUGCUGGUAAAGGCUCGGAGUCCCGAAAACGAGUAAGCUGCACCAUUGCAAAUGAUUGAAAAAUGUGAUUACGGAAGAAGUGGAAGAGGCCAAAUGUCGGUAAGUCGAAAUGAAGAGGAUGAAAAAGAUACUCCUCGCCAACGCGCACUCUCAUUCACGAAUUGAUUGCUGAUUUGAUCAAUGGACUGCAUCUCCGUCUGCAGAUCUACACUGCGAGGAAGUGGUAUGCCCUGUUGUAAUUAUCUAUCGUCAAACAUGCUAAUGCAUUUCAAUUGCAAACUGGUGUUGUAUUCUAGAAUAGAUCUUCAACCGGCAU